GUUUCCAAAAAGACAAACCAAACCACCUUUUGCCUUUUGUAUAUCAACCUCAAGUGUAAGCUUUUCUCACACAUAGGUCUCUACAUAUAAGCCUUCAGAGGUAGUGAUUUCAAAUGAGUUCUCCAAAGAUGGGAAUUAGAACAACAAACUGCCAUGUCCAAGACAUGAAUAUGUGCUUUCAGGCAGCUCCAACCUUCAUUGAGUGGCUCAAGCCAACGCAUGAAUCCUCCUCAUCUUCAUCUUCAUCUUCUUCAUCCACCUUAAGUACUCAACAAGAAUUCCUUGAUCAAUUCACAAAUCCCAUGAGUUUCUUGAAACUUCCUCUCUUUUAUCAGCAACAAGAAGAAGAGCUAGCAGUUCAUGAAUCCAUCCAAUGCUUGCCUCUUCUUAGCCAGUUCACCGACACGAAAAAACGGCAAGAAGAGAGUAUAUUUGGAAUCAAGGGAUCAGAUAAGGUUGAGAAAGUAACAGUUGCCCUUCACAUAGGAUUGCCUGAUUCAGGUAGUGCUUCUUCUGAUAGUGAGACAAAGCCCUACAACUUGAAGGAAAAACCUGUGGAUAAUUAUCAGAAGAGUCCUAGUACUGACGGUUGUACUUUCAACAAUGAGAGUAGAUUUUGGAUCCCAACACCAGCACAGAUCCUUGUUGGACCAAUGCAAUUUGCUUGUAACAUAUGCAACAAGACCUUCAAUAGGUACAAUAAUAUGCAGAUGCACAUGUGGGGUCAUGGUUCUGAAUUUAGAAAAGGUCCAGAGUCCCUAAGAGGGGCACCAGCAGCGAUGCUUAGGCUUCCUUGCUAUUGCUGUGCACAAGGCUGCAAAAACAACAUCAAUCAUCCUCGAGCAAAGCCAUUGAAAGACUUCAGAACCCUUCAAACUCACUACAAGAGAAAGCAUGGAGCAAAGCCAUUCAACUGUAGAAAAUGUGGCAAAAGUUUUGCAGUCAAAGGAGAUUGGAGGACACAUGAGAAGAAUUGUGGGAAAUUAUGGUAUUGCACCUGUGGCUCUGAUUUUAAACACAAAAGAUCAUUAAAGGAUCAUAUAAGAUCCUUCGGAAACGGUCAUUCUCCACACCCUUCUCUUGAAGGCUUUGAAGAUGAAAAGGAAUGCAUCACUGGUGGCUCUGAAGAUGAAAAUGCUCAGUAUUAACCAUACCAUGAAGGCUUUUUUUUUUUGAAAAAAAAAAUCGUUUUUCACAUUUCGAAAUUCUCAAGAAGAAGAAGGGAAAAAAAAAGAUGAAAGUCGGGGACCCUCUAUAUAGUAUUUCUUUGAGGGUUUUCUCUCUUCACUCUCUCCCAACAGGCAUUUGCUCAAUAACAAAAAAUUCUCGAUUGACUGCCAUUGGAGGAAGCAUAUAGGGGGCGGUUUGUUAUGGAGCACUUGACCAAUUUCUAUGGGGUGAGUAGUGUUUAUGAAUGUUUUUAUGUACGUAUAUGCACGGUUUGAUAUUCGGGUUUGCAUAAUAAGGUGAUUGCUUUGAAGUGGUGAAGCAGAUGAAUUUUCUUCUUUUGUUCACGAUGAUCAAGGUACAGUAGUAAUUGAGGGAUGGAGGAAAUUUGUCAGCUUCAUUGCUAAUUUGUAAUCCCAUCAUGUGAAUUUUUAUCAUUUUCUUGCAAGACAUUUGGACUGUUGUUGGUGAUUGCCUUGAAGUGGUGAAGCAGAUGAAUUUUCUCUUCUUUUGUUUUGAUGAUCAAGAUUCUGUACUAGUGAGGCAUGGAGAAAAUUUGUCAGCUUCAUUGCUAAAUUGUAAUCCCAAUGCUUUUCCAUCGUUCUAUUAUGCAUGUAAGCCAUUGUGGGUACUGUUCUUGAUGG